CUGUGCGGGAUCAGAUUCUGUUGCAGGGCUUGCCAUGCUGCACAGGUUGUGUUACAUAACUGAAGUUGAUCAGACUGUCCCUGUUCCCUUAAGGUCUCAUCUUAGGCCUUUGUGUGACAGCUAUAGACUUUAAAGACUAUCACCCCACUAGUGCUGUGGAGAAGGAGGUGACAUUUGGCACAAAAUGCAUUUACUUGACUUCUUAGCAGGGUGGGUUGCAGGUGUGAAAUCUACAUUGCCACCACAGGUGGACUUGCUACUGCUGUGGGAUAUCCUUUGGAUACAAUCAAGGUGAGAAUUCAGACACAGCACAUGUACAGUGGUGUUUGGCACUGUAUUCAAUCAACAUAUCAGAGAGAAAAGGUAUAUGGAUUUUAUAAAGGAAUGGCAUUGCCUGUUCUGUCAGUGUCUGUAUGUGGUUCAGUUUGCUUUGGCACGUACAGAAAUUGCCUCAAUUUUUUAAGUCAUUUGCGGCAAAGUAGCUCAGAGGUGAAACCAGCCAGACUUGAUGUUUUCAUCGCAGGCUGCUCUGCAGGGACUGCUGAGGCUAUGGUGUUUGCUCCUAUUGACCUAAUCAAAAUAAGACAACAGAAUCAGACACAUCCUCAUCAGUCUUACCAAGGUCCUCUAUCUCGUGACCUUUUAUCAAAGCCCAAAUACAGAGGCUCAAUCCACUGCCUAAUAACAGUAAUAAAAGAGGAAGGAGUUUUGGGAUUGUACAGAGGUAUUACUGCACUGUGGUUAAGAGACAUCCCAUGCUUUGGAUUAUAUUUUUUGGUAUACUCUAUUUUCACUGAAUGGCUAACUCCACAAGGACAACAUAAGCCAGAUUGGACAGCCAUGUUGUUGGCUGGUGGAUGUGCUGGCAUGACUUACUGGACAUUGGCAACUCCAAUGGAUGUCAUGAAAUCCCGAAUGCAGAUGGAUGGCAUGGGACAGCAGAGAUAUAGUGGUGUACUGAAUUGUAUUCGUGAAAGUUUCAGACAGGAGGGAACAAGAGUUUUCUUCAAGGGUUUGAGCUUGAACUGUGUCCGUGCAUUUCCUGUUAAUGGACUGACAUUUGUAAUUUAUGAAACUGUGCUGGCAUUCCUUAGAAAAAUAAACUUAAAAGAUUAAUGA